GGGCGGGUUUAGAUGAUGAAACAGCUUUCAACGAACAAAUGGCUGAUCUGUAGUUCAACCAGAGUCGGUACCAGUCGGUCUAGAACGCGGAAAUUACGUCCCUGGAAAGCCCUUUGACGUCUAUCAGAAUAUAAGACAUGCAUUUUCUUAAAGACAGACCUAACGUUAACGUUAGAGCUCAUUAAGGAACAUUCUCGCUUUCUUCGGGAGGCUCAGGCGUUUCUCUCUGACUGGACAGGAGGGCUUCUUUUCUGGAUAUCAGUGAUGGCCCCACAAGAUUUUGAAUCCCAGACAAACGCAAUAAUCAGUUGUCUUUUUCUGAAUGAAAGGGAUAUAUAUGAAACCGAUGGUCCUGGUAGCCUCGAAGACGAAAAUGCCGACGCAAUGAAGAUAGCUGAAAAGCUCAGACAGCUGGGAGAUCUGUACGACGAGACUGUGAUCCAGCCACUCAUUAAAGAAGUCCGGACAGCCUCGAAGCAGCAGGUGGUGACUGCUUUCAGUAAUGGCGUGGACAGCCUGAGUAAGAUGUGGGUGGCAGAGAGAGCAGAGGUUGUUCCUGAGAAGCAUCUCUUGAAGGCUACAAUCACACUUGCUCUUUACAUGAAGAAGAAUUGCCCCGACGUUACCGGAGUCCAGGAAGCUGUGGUCAGCUUCGUCAACAACCGGCUGGCCAGUUGGAUCAUUCAGCAGGGAGGCUGGGAAAAAGCCUCUUUUUCCUGUGACUGAUUGAGCUCUAGGAUUACCUGAACUGUUGAAUUGGAAGAGGCGUGCCUUUCUCAGGAAUUUCAGCUGUGGAAUGCAAGAUGAAGUAACCCCAUAAACCAAUGAUAUCCAAAAUGCUGUUUAUUUAAGCCAUACAAACAGUGAGCCAAGUGAGUUUAUAUCCAGUAUGUAUUGUGUGUGAUCUAGUGUGUGUUUUAUAGUGCACUUUUAAAGCCCUUGGAAUCAGUACCUUUAUCGAAUCGAUAGCCUUUGGAAUCGUGUUUUGUCUUUACCUCCCUUUACUACAACCAGUACUUGUGACAUCACUUGAAUUACAAUGCAACUAAUGAAUCCGUUCAUUAUGAUUUUAACUGAUCAGAAGAAAAGAACUUAGUUAUUAGUUAAGUAUUGAAAAUUUAACAUUAUACACAAUGUUUUAUUUAAAAAGGGGGAAAUAUUAUCUGUCUAUUUGCACAAUGUUCUUUCAAACAAAAUGUAUGCACUGUAUUUUAUCAAGGGCAUAAUGACUUUUGGAUUGCUCUUGAAAAAUGCUGUUUUAAUCAAUGUGUGGGGGGAUUAUGUAUAAUCACAAAUUAAUAAGGUAUAGAAAUAAGAUAAAAUAAAGGGGGAUUCCACUGAUUUUUCAAAAUCUCUGCUUAAAUAAGUGGUUAAGAUGUCAGCUAAGGCAUUCAGAGUGGGUUGAUGUGGAAAAAAGUUCCAUUCUGCAGAAACUUACUGAGUCAAAAUUGUUUACAGUAAUGGUGAUAGGAACUAGAUGUAUCCAAAAGCCAUCUCACAGACAGCUGUUACAUAAACACAAACUGCUUGAUUGCUGAGGUAUUGUUUUGCAAUAGUUUUGAGAUGAGAUUUUGGCCUAAAAUGUCUUUUUGUCAAGUACAUUCAUAGCAGUGAGAUACAGUCAUAUACAAACUUUGGGUGCCCCUGCCCACAUGACAGAUGUUCUUGAUUUUCUCACACAUCACAUGUAAAAACUCCAUGUGCAGUUGUUAUGGAUAGUACCUAAAAUUCUUAUCACUACAAUUAUAAGGGAAUCUGAGUUGGCCGAGUUUCGCUACGACACAUAAUUUCACAUUUAAAACACUCUGAAUGGCUUUGUUUACAUCUAAAUAACUGAAUUCUGCAUUUUGAAAAUUUUGAAAAAUCAGUGGAAUUCCACUUAUGGUGAUGUACAUAGGGAAUGUCGAGAAAACUAAGUUGAUAUUGAUGCUGUUUUCAGUAGGUUCUAGGACAGUAAUUUUAGGGUGUUGUGGUUUGCUACAUGUACCACUACAAUAGGUGUCUUAAAAUUAUGCACUGCUCAGAAUACAUUAUAAAGUCACUGUUUUAGUUCCAGAAGGUGCUGUAUUACUCAUGUCACUGUUUUUGUAGAAUGUUAAUUGAACUAAGCUGAUUUUUUUGUGAAAUCAAUCGCAAGAACCAUUCCAAUUCAAGUGAGAGAUAUGUAUAACCUGUAUUUGCAAUGAACAAUAAAGACUAAAAUGAAGGUGGACAUGUGUAUAUAUA